AAGUGGACAACGAUUAAAAGACCAGUGGUCCGCCCCUGGAUCUACCUCUUCACCGAUCGAUCUAUAGCAUAGGUUCAAUUCAUGGAUAUUGUGAAAAGCAUUGGGACCUAUUGCAUGAAAAUUAAGAACAGUAUUUCCCCUCCACCCCCUCCUAAACCCAACGAGGCAAACCUCACUUUCAUGACUUGUCUCUUGAAAGUAGACAUCAAAUCUCCAGGGUGGCAGAAGGCAAUCAUGGCUAUCUUAAGAAGCAAUAAGGGAGUGAGAAGCUUCCAGAUGAGUCAAAACGGGAAGAUAAUGGUGACGGGGAAGGGGGAUCUGAACCUGCUCCUCAAAAUGCUGAAAAAGGCUGAAAAAUCAACGGAGCUUGUUUGGGUUCAAUCCGGCCUCUGCUCUAGUAACUUGUUCCUCAUCAACGGCGGCGGCGACGGCGACGGAAGCUAUGUCCAGCAGGGACCACGAGGACCUUUUGGUGCGCAGCCGUGCUACCCGCAACCAGCGAGUCAUCACCACUCCUACUAUACCAGUAUGCUGCCACCGCCGCCUGCUUAUCAUCAUCAUGUCCCGCCGCCUGCUUAUCAUCAUCAUGUCCCGCCGCCUGCUUAUCAUCAUCAUGUCCCGCCGCCUCUCGAACCGGCAUUUGGAGUGGAUAAUAUUGAUAAUGAUAGAAGCUGCUACCUUCAACAAGGGGCAUUCAGACCGGCCAACAAUGUACAUUAUGAUAAUCACAUUGUAGCAGGAUCAUAUCGGUGAGGCCGGCCGGCCGGCUGGACACCUACCCUGGCUAAAAUCAUGCUGAAAACCAUAUUUCAUCUAUGUAUAUGGCUCCAUUUAAAAGAAUUUGAAGCAGUAUUUCUUUUCUUUUCCAUUUAACUUAUCUCCUUUCAAGUAUUGUUAGAUUUGUACUUUUGCAUAACAUUACUGAGUAUUAUGAAAUCCGGUAUGCUUUGAUAAU